CCGCCACCGCCGCCAUCCGAGGCUUUUUGUCCGCCGCCCGCGCCGUAGGAUAUAAAGCCCCGGAUGCGGAAGUGCCGCGCUCAUUUCCGGUUUGUUCUCAGCGGCUGCGGGUUGGAGCUGCUGAAGCUGCGCGGGAGCCAUGCCUCGCAAGAUUGAGGAGAUCAAGGACUUCCUGCUGACGGCGCGGCGGAAGGACGCCAAGUCCGUCAAGAUCAAGAAGAACAAGGACAAUGUGAAGUUCAAGGUGCGCUGCAGCCGGUACCUGUACACGCUGGUCAUCACCGACAAGGAGAAGGCGGAGAAGCUGAAGCAGUCCCUGCCCCCAGGUCUGGCCGUGAAGGAGCUGAAGUGAGCCGGGAUCAGCUGCGUGCCUGUUGGAGUCUCUGUGUUUGUUAAAAUAAAUAAAAAAAACUGUU